GGAGCGGAAGUGUCGGGUGUCAACACAACACAUUGUCGACACGUGAGAGGCGCAAGCAUGGGUGUUAUUAGGCAUUUAUUAAUUCUCCAUUUGCGAUUUGUAAAGAAUUAAAGUGGUGAUAAAUAUAUACGUGACUAUUGAACACAAUGAAGUUUGCUUAUAAGUUUUCAAAUCUGCUCGGAGCUGUGUAUCGUCAGGGGAAUUUAAAUUUCUUUAAAGAUGGCAACGCUGUCGUCAGUCCGGUGGGAAACAGAAUCUCCAUCUUUGACCUGAAAAACAACACAUCAGAAACUUUACCAGUCUCCACUGCAAAGAACAUUACUAGCGUGGGUGUCUCUCCAGAUGGCAACCUGGCAAUCCUGGUGGAUGAAGAUGGUGCGGCACUGUUGGUCAGUCUGAUCACACGCGCCAUCCUUCAUCAUUUCCACUUUCACAAACCCGUCAACAGCAUUCGCUUCUCACCUGACGGCAGGAAGUUUGUCGUCACCAAGGAGAACGUUGCAUUGAUGUACCAUGCUCCGGGCAAGCAGCGGGAGUUUAAUGCUUUUGUGUUGGACAAAAGUUACUACGGUCCCUAUGACGAAACUACCUGCAUCGACUGGACCGACGACUCCAAGUGUUUUGUGGUUGGUAGCAAAGACAUGUCCACUUGGGUGUUUGGUGCAGAGCGCUGGACAAACCUCAUCUACUACUCACUGGGCGGACACAAGGAUGUCAUCGUAGGAUGUUUUUUUGAGAAAGACAGCCUGGAUCUGUACACAGUCAGCCAGGACGGGACACUGUGCGUCUGGGAGAGUGACACGAAGCUGGACGGCCUGGUUUUGGCGAAUAAACCCAACAAACCCAAGAUACCGACACCGGGUGAGGACCAGGACGAGGAGGGGGAGGAUGCCCAAGAAGGGCAGGUCAUCAGAGGGAAAGCUGAAAAGUCCAAAGAGAAGGAGAAAACUAAGAAUGUUCGAUACAAGCAGAUCAGCAAGCAUUUUUUCAACAAGGAGGGCGACUUUAACAACCUGACAGCGGCUGCUUACCACAAGCCCACUCACCUCCUGGUCACGGGUUAUGCCUCAGGAAUCUUCCACCUGCAUGAACUUCCAGAGUUCAACCUCAUCCACUCCCUCAGUAUUUCAGACCGGAGGAUUGCUUCUGUGGCUCUAAACUGCUCCGGUGACUGGAUCGCCUUUGGCUGCUCAGGGAUGGGUCAACUGCUGGUGUGGGAGUGGCAGAGUGAAUCGUAUGUCUUCAAGCAGCAGGGACACUUCAACAACAUGGCGUCGCUGGCUUACUCGCCAGACGGACAGUACAUCGCCACGGGAGGCGACGACGGCAAAGUCAAAGUGUGGAACACCAACAGCUGCCUUUGCUUCGUGACCUUCACGGAGCACACCAGCAGCAUCACUAACGUCGCCUUCACCUCCAGUGGCUUUGUCGUCGUCAGUGCCUCUCUGGAUGGCACGGUGAGAGCGUUUGACCUGCACAGGUACCGGAACUUCCGCACAUUCACUUCGCCGCGCCCUGCACAGUUCUCGUCCCUUGCUGUAGAUGUCAGUGGAGAGCUGGUGAGCGCAGGGGCUCAGGAUUCAUUUGAGAUCUUCUUGUGGUCCAUGCAGACCGGAAGACUUCUGGAGGUCUUAGGUGGUCAUGAGGGUCCGGUCAGCUGCUUGUGUUUCAGUCCAGUUCAGUCCAUCCUCGCCAGCGCCUCAUGGGAUCGCACAAUCCGGCUGUGGGACAUGAUGGACAGCUGGCAAGUGAAGGAGACGCUUCACCUCUCCGCUGAUGCUUUGUCAGUGGCUUACCGCCCUGAUGGUCAAGAGUUGGCAGUUGCCUCUCUAAACGGCGAGAUCUCUUUCUGGAACCCCAACACGGCGGCGCAGGUGGGCUCAGUGGCAGGACGUCAUGACCUGGAGACGGGUCGCAAAGAAACCGAUAAAGUCACUGCCAAGCAGCUGUCCAAGGGCAAGUGCUUCACGUCACUGUGCUACUCUGCCGACGGGGAGUCCAUUCUGAGUGGCGGCCAGUCCAAAUUUGUCUGCAUCUACAAUGUCCGGGAGCAGAUGCUGAUGAAGAAGUUUGAGAUCUCGUGCAACUUGUCCUUUGAUGCCAUGGAGGAGUUCUUGGACCGACGUAAGAUGACAGAGUUUGGCAGCCUUGCUCUUGUGGACGAGGGAGCCGGGGACGGAGAUGGGGUUAACAUUAGUCUUCCUGGGGUCAGAAAAGGGGAUAUGAGUUCCAGACACUUUAAGCCAGAGAUCAGAGUCAGCUCACUGCGGUUCUCUCCGACAGGACGUAGCUGGGCAGCCACAACCACAGAGGGCCUGCUGAUCUACUCCCUUGAUGGCUCUUUGGUGUUCGACCCUUACGACCUGGACCUGGACGUGACGCCGGCCAGCAUACGCACACAGCUGCGGCUGCAGCAAUGGGCCUCGGCUAUCGUUCUCGCUUUUCGCCUCAACGAAAGCGCUCUCAAGCAGGAGGUGUUGGAGACUGUGCCGCACGAGCAGAUUCCAGUUGUUUGCGGCACACUCCCCGACAUUUACGUCGAGAAACUGCUGGGCUUCUUGGCAGCAUGCUUGGAGAAAUCUGGUCACUUGCAAUUCUACAUGACUUGGGUUCAGAACCUGCUCAUGCUGCACGGACAGAAACUCAAGAAUAGGUCAGGAGCCAUACUGCCCACACUGCAAGCCCUGCAGAAGAGCAUCCAGAGACAUUGGGACAACCUGUCCAAACUCUGCGAUUUCAACAUGUACAACAUUCGCUAUGCUGUGGCACUGUCCAAGCAGAGGGGGAUGAAGAGGGCAGCUGAGGAGGAGGAACAGAACAGUGACGACGACGAUGACGGACAGUCCGAGGAGAUGAGCCAGGCCUCCUUGGACGAUGCUGAGAUGAUACUUUAGGUUUCUGAUCAAUGCCGCAAUUGUAUUUCUUCUUUUUUAAAUAAAUGUGUCGUAUAUAAA